UUUCGCGACGACCUCCUGUCUGGAACGACGGGAAAGUUAUAUUAUCAUAGUCGAAGUUUUCAUUUCAAUAAGGGAAAAGGAAGCAUUUCAAUUCAGAAUUCAUGUAUCCGGGUCAGUUGAACACCAACAUUAAACUGGACUGUCUUGUGCAACUUUAUCUGGCUGUGUUGAUCCAUCCUGCAGUUCAUCCGUGCUGUGACCCUCAUACAAUCAGAAAUCCGUGCUUUUGUUGGAGAUUGCAGCUAGCCGGGCGCCCGGGGUCAGAGACGCGUGACGGGCAACAGUGGUCAGGCCAGCUGGUCCAGGCUGUUCGUAAAAAGUGAAAGUGUUCUGAGAAUCUUAGGCCUUGAACUGACCAUAGAGCUAGGAAACUGACUCAGUGUGAGGACUGAGAGCCUCUUCACGGGUCAACCAUGCAUUUCUCAAUCCCAGACACCCAGGCAUACAGUGAGGGAAAUUCUAAUUACACAGGUUACAAUCUUCAUGUGAACGGUGUGUUCCAUUGCUCACUGCGCUACUCACAGCUACAUGACUUCAAUGAACAAAUAAAGAAAGAGUUUGGAACGGGAUUUCUGGGCGCUCAGAAAUUUCCCCCCAAGAAGAUUUUAUCACUAAAUCAACAAGAUAUUGAAGAGAGGCGUCAAAAACUGGAAAAAUAUGUUCAACUGGUGAGUCAGGACCAACGAGUAGCCAACAGUGAUCUCUUCAAUGGGUUCCUAUUGAGUGCACAGAAAGAAACUCGGAAAGAGAAACCAGUGGAAGCUAAACUAGACGUGUUUCUGAUGAAUGGACACAAGAUUACAGUUAAUAUCAUGUCGAUGGAUCAAACGGAUGAUGUACUGGAGGCAGUGGCUUCUGAGAUAGGUCUCAAGAGUGACUUGGUUUUCUACUUUGCUUUGUUUCUUGUCAAGAAAGAUGAGGACGAUGAGCGGGGAACAAUUGUCAGAAGACUUCAGGAUUUUGAGUCCCCUUUUAUUUCACUGAAGUCGGCAGCCGGCAAGAACAAGAUUGUCCUGAGAAAGAAUUACUGGGAUGCCAACUAUGACGAUGAUCUGAUAGCUGACAGUGUGGGACUGCAACUUCUUUAUGUGCAGGUCGUGAAUGAUAUUGAGAGAGGCUGGGUCCAAGCGAACCCAGAUCAAAUCAAGAGAUUAGAAACCCUGAAAUCUAAAGGCUCACGCAAAGAGUAUUUACAGUUUGCGAGAACACUGAAGGACUAUGGAUUCAUCCAAUUUAAGCCUUGUAUAGUAAACUACCCAGCCAUCAACACACCGGCAGUAGUCAGCGCUGGUAAUAGAGAACUAGUCUUUCGUCUCAGGCUGGAGAGUGGUGCAUGUAAGGAGGGCAGCUUCAAGAUAACUCGCAUGAGAUGCUGGAGAAUUACAUCGGUGAAAGAAGGGGAAGACACCAAAGAAGACCCAUCCCAGCUAGAGCUAGCCUUUGAGUACCUCAUCGGCAAAGACAAGCUACGAUGGAUAGUCAUAACCAGUGACCAGGCUAUCCUUAUGAGUCUGAGCCUACAGGAUAUGGUGGAUGAGUUAUUGCUGUUCAAACGAGGCGGUCGAAUCAAGAGGCCACAUGAUAGAGUGAAGGGGCCGGAGAGACAGUUCAAAGGUCGCGAUGGUGGGGUCAUCGUAGCAUCAUCAACAUCCAGUCCAGCCAUUGACCCACACUCACCUCCUCAGAGCCCUACAGAUACCAGUCCGACUAAGACGUCUAAAGCUAUGGGGUCCGUCAAGAAGAUUUCAGACAAGUUACAGUCUGUGGGGGUGUCCGCCAAACCACAUCACUCUCCGAUGUCUGUCGUGGAGAACGACAUCUUCGAAGCUGGUAUCGGCGAAGACGACUUGUAAAACAGCGCCCUCAAUUCAAUCUCUGCAACGCUGAUUUACUUUUUGUAUAGAACCACUGUAUGCAUGAGGUGAGCAAGACUGAUGUCGUUGUCAUUAAUUAUGAAAUAAAUGAAGGAGCUUUCAGACGGCUAUUCAAGGGACGGCAAACUUUGCGUCACUUGGGCUUUAUGUGCUUGCCGCUGCUUUUAUGUCGCAGUGAAAAGUCAAGUUUUGUUAAUUGUGUUGAUAAACCACACUCACAGUUACUUGUCAUUUGAUUGGUGGAAUACUGGAACACACAUAGCGUGUCAUCCUUUAUUUGUCCAUUACAUGUACAUGUAUACUGCCGCAACGCUUUAAAAGUGAGUAUAGCCGGCGCAUAUUAUCACACAAGCCUAAGUGGAAUGCAGAAAAAAUAUAUACCAAUAUCCAAUUAGGCCAAUGGUUGAGUUGGAUACGUAAUGCAUGGCCAGCUUUAUCUUUCCGCAUUCCACUAGCGAGCGCGUGAUAGCAAACUUAACUUCAAGCAAACUGUUUGAGUAUGCGCGCAAUGCAUGUGACAAUCAGCAUGGCAUGCAAAUGCACCUCUUUUGCAUUUACUUUGACUUCUGUAGUUGUUUGUUUUGUGUAUAGCUUAUAAAAGAGCAGUGUGCGGCAUUAACGAGAGCACAAUAUGUAGGGUGUGAUGUAGGCAUUGCGAAAUAUGUUUAGUUCACACUCCUUGGUACUGUAGAUUGACCAAUCAGAUCUGAAGAUUCAAAGCCUGAAGCCCUGCUUAUACUUCCUGCGAAUGCGAAUGUCAAGUAAAUUUGUAUGGCACCAAUUUCGAUUGACAAGGAUCUGUUGUAAGUAAUAUAAAACACUUUGAAUGCACUUUGGUUUGUGCAUUCGUCACAGAAUAAAAA